AGGUGGAAUCUGGAUCCGGCUGCCAGGAAGCGGCCAGCGCACGAGUGGCGCGAGGCUUGGCUCCCACGUGCGAGCCUGCUUCACCACCCCGCCCUCUCCGAGCGCCCGAGCCUGGGGACUCCGUCUCCAUGAACGAUACCUACGCCCUGCCGUGGCACUAGCUGUGGCCAGGACGUCCGGGUUCAGUCGCCUGCCUCUGGAUCUCGCUCCAGCACCCGCUGCCCGACGUGCGGGACGCUGCGCGACCAUGGAGAGUCUGAGUCGGUCAUGCCUGUGGCUGCGUCAGGAGCUGUCGUCCCCGCGCCCACAGCUUCUGCUGCUGGACUGCCGCAGCCGGGAGCUGUAUGAGUCGGCGCGCAUCUGCGGGGCGCUGAGCGUGGCCCUGCCCUCGCUGAUGCUGCGCCGCCUGCGGAGAGGGAGCAUGUCGGUGCGGUCGCUCUUGCCAGGGCCACCACUGCAGCCUCCCCCACCGGCCCCUGUGCUCCUAUACGACCAGGGUAGUAGUGGCCAGUGCGGGCGUGAAGCAGCGGAGGCUGAAGCGAAGGCUGAAUCGAAGGCCGAAGCAGAGGCCGAAGCGGAGGCCGAAGCGGAGGCUAAAGCGGAGGCCGAAGCGGAGGCUAAAGCGGAGGCCGAAGAGUGGGAUGCUGACUCGGUGCUGGGCGUCCUGCUCCAGAAACUGCGGGAAGAAGGCUACCCAGCAUACUACCUACAGGGUGGCUUCAGCAAAUUCCAGGCCGAGUGUCCUCACCUGUGUGAAACCAGCUUCGGUGGUCGUGCUGGCUCAGGCCUGGGCUCAAUGUCUAGCUCAGUGCCUGUAGUGGGCCUAGGUGGCCUGUGCUUGACCUCAGAUUUCUCUGAUGCAGAAUCUGAGGCUGACCGUGACACCUUGAGCUGUGGCCUAGAUUCUGAGAGCACCACAUCCCCUCCAGCUGGGCUGCUACCACCCUUCCCAGUCCAGAUCCUGCCCAAUCUCUACCUAGGCAGUGCUCGAGAUUCAGCCAAUUUGGAGAGCCUGGCCAAGCUUGGCAUCCGCUAUAUCCUCAAUGUCACCCCCAACCUUCCUAACCUCUUUGAGAAGAAUGGUGACUUCCACUACAAGCAGAUCCCCAUCUCUGACCAUUGGAGCCAGAAUCUGUCCCAGUUCUUUCCAGAGGCCAUUGCAUUCAUUGAUGAGGCCUUGUCGCAGAACUGUGGGGUGCUCGUCCACUGUCUGGCAGGGGUCAGUCGCUCUGUCACUGUCACCGUGGCCUACCUCAUGCAGAAGCUUCACCUCUCACUCAAUGAUGCCUACGACUUGGUCAAGCGGAAGAAGUCUAACAUCUCACCUAACUUCAACUUUAUGGGGCAGCUGCUAGACUUUGAACGAAGCCUACGCCUGGGGGGGAAGCGCUCCGGGGGGCGGGGCAGUGGGGGACCAGAGUCCACUGUCUCAGACCCACCUUCCUUCUUUACUACUCCUACCAGCGAUGGGGUCUUUGAGCUGGACCCCACAUAAAACCGCAUGGAGCUGCUGGGCUGGUCCGUAGCUAUGACCCCUAGUAUUAGCAGGGAUGGGAUGCAGCCAUAAGCAGGGAGAGGGGAAAGGGGAAGGGGGGGAGGGAAAGCUCAAUACCUCAUGCGGGGAUGGUGGAGCAAGGCAGGAAUAGAGCAGAAACCUGCCCUACCCACUCAAGGCCAGCCCCAGAAUCUAUUACACGUGCCUAUGGGUGGGCCCGUGUCUUCGGGCCUGACCCUCACCUCUCUAGGGUGGGACCAUUCUCCAGAAUCUGCCUCUUCUGUGACUGUUACUUUAUUUUUUCAGGGUGGGAGUGGGGCUUCCUAUCCAAGAGACCAUUCCAGAUUGCUGCCUGGGCCCUGGCCCUUCUUGCUGUUUCAUCUUCAGGAAGAGCAUAUCAUACUUUGCCACAGGAACCUGCUCUUGGUUCCAUACCUGUCCCCAAAUGUCCACCUGUGGGAACAGACCUGACCACUUUGACUCAUGUAGACUACUUCCUGCUUCUCUGACUAGGGCUUAGACCUCUUGGAGCUGUGGAAUGUUGACCCAGAGACACAAUGGCUACUCUCUGCAUCUAUAGGGACAGCCUCUCUGGGUGGCUUUUUGCUGGGCAGUGUCACAUGGGGGGGGCAUGGGUCUGGGAGCCAAUGGGCGAGAUCCCAGCCACACAUCUGGUGCCCUGACUGUUUCUUUCCUCCUCCCCCAGAUGUCUUGACAGGAUCACUGAGACUCUUUGUGACUGAGGGUGGUCAAACUGCUACCGGAGGAGAUGGGGUCUCAGAGUGAGAGCUGAGGGGGAGGGAGGGAAAGAUGAAGGCCUCAAUUUUGCUACUGUAUGUCUCACAUAGCCACUGUUAGUUUGGGGGGCAGGGAAGGGGCCAAGCUGCAGACACACAUGGUCAUUCAUUGCAGUCCACACCCCGUUGUAGACUGUGUGUGUGUGUGUGUGUGUGUGUGUGUGUGUGUGUGUUCAUACAUGCACACUAACCCACUCACAUACUCAGCCUAGAGCUGGCAGUACCUGUGGCAGCAGGAUCAUCUUGUCUUUGAACCUGAAAAAGAUUGUGCUUCUUUGUUUUUGUAAUCCACAUCAUAAUCAUGUUCUUUCAUUGUUCUUCCUGAAUAAACAGUUUAUUUAAGGUACUGAA